AGAAAUUUGAAAUGUAAAAAUAGUAUAAAUAAAUGUUUACAAACGGAAGAAAUAAAACAUUUAAAAAAGAUUGCAAUAUUCUUUAAAUUAUUCUGGUACGAGGAUUUUGUCCACUGAAUAUUAAAAUUACUCAAUUUCCUGGUGGAUUCCGUCUUAAUAUUUUAAUUGUCAUCUGUUAUUAAAUCCCCAGAUAAAGACAGUUCAUUUUUUGUCUACGACGUCGUAAGGUACACUCGCAGUUUUCUCUUCAAUUCGAUGCACAAAGACUGGUAUGUCUGCGACGAAAGUAGGGGUAAAGAUCGUCGAGUUCACAAAAUAAGUAAACUUGCUCUAGACUUUUACAGUGGUAACCCAGACGUUCUUCCACGUUGCGCCUUUAUACCCAACCCAAUAGAAAAAAAUGGCGACAAGUUUAGGAACUGUAAAAACUUUAUUGGGCCAGUGGAAACUCCAGAAAUAAGCGGACAACCUCUUCCUCAUCCACCUCAUUUGGUUUCGAAUAAACCACCGUCUCCAUUUGGUCUACCAACCUGUAUACCAGUUUGCCCAGCGGGACCAACACAGCCUGGAGCUCAGGCAGGACAAGGGAGUAUGGGCCAAGCGGGUACCGGUACCUCCGCUGCUGGAGCGAGUUCAUCACAUGGAGUUCAACCCUCAACAGCUGUUCAACCCUCUAACAAACGUAAGAGAUAGGCGAUGAAUAUACGUAACUUCCUCAAAUACAAGUUUUCCCUUGAUAAAUCUCCCCCCCCCCCCUUCCCUUCGCUAGCCAUCAAGGGUCUAUUUACAAACGAGUGAGAAAGAAAAUUAUUUUUUCAUUGAAUCAUCAUCAUCGGUCGACCCGGAAGAACAGUCGACUGAAAAUCGUCUGACUCCAACUGUGGCAUGUGUAUAAUUUUCUUGUAUGGUAAUCACGUCAUGUUAGAAUAAUAAAAGAAGGUAACUGUUAACAAUUUUUAGCCUUUAACCGUGAGAGCAAACCCCCCAUUAUGACUCUUACUAUAAUGUACGUAACUCCGUUAGAAUAAUUGCCUCUGAAAUGUUUAGAGAUGGACUUUCCUGUAUCCGACAGUAUCCGAGGCAGACCAUGGUUCACCAUAAACUUGUUGCUUUUUAUCACAGCAUACUGUGUUGCGGUAAUCUUCGACAACAAGGUUGGCUCUCCUUUUACAUUGUACUCUUCUCUAAAACACGAGGGAUAUCUCGUCGCUGGAUCUGGCUUUAAACUGAAACUUUUGAUAGAUCGACCAGACCUGCACAGCCACGUGACCUUCUACGCUAAAGACCCAGGUGGAAAUCGAGGAGACUUGUUAAAUGGGGAACCAAGUAUUUCAAGGCCUGUGGUUUCUAACUGUGAUUAUUUUUUUCCGGUAACUGUGACAGCCGAACAAGGCUCUUCAAGUUCACCCCCCGGAGCCCCGGUCACAUCUCCCCCUUCAUCUGUUCCCGGACAGUAUGCACCGCCAGCUGCUCCACCAGCUCCAGCAGCCCCACCUCUUCCUCCGUCACCACCUCUUCCUCCCCCACCACCUCCUGCUGCACCUCCGCCUGCAUUACCUCCUGCGCCAGCGUAUCCGGCUCCGCCGUCCCAGCCUCCAUUAGCGCCACCAUCUCCUCCGGCUCCGUCCACAGCACCAGCACCCCAGCCAGCUUAUGCUCCACAUAGUCCGUCCAUUCAAGUUGCUCCUUCCAUGCCAAGAGGCAAGUAA